UUUGUUGAUUAUGUUUUUGUGAAUUCGUCUCGACGAUUUCGAUACAGAUUUUUUUAGCUAUAUGUCGAUGCGGAUCUUGAAUAAACCAAUCUUUGUGAUGGAGAAACAAAAUCUCAGAAUCUUGCAUCUUCGCUGGUAGCAUUGUGCACUUAUCGGAUUAAUCAAAAGAGUGUAUGAAAUCGAAGCCAGGGAAUGCAGAAACAUGUAUUUGAAAGUUGAACACAAGUGCUCUGCAUCUUUAGAGGUCCCUUCUCCCUUUGGGCCAUUGUUGUCCCUUGUCCCUCAUGAGACCCGUCUUCUAACCCGCACCUUUCAUCCCUGGUUUCACACCUUCCAGUCUUCUUCUUCACAGAAUGUUAGGAAAAACGCCACAUGGAAGCAUGAUCUGUGCGAAGACGGUUGAUCGUCUUCUUGCUUCUUGACUUCAUCAACCUGUCCUAUGUUAUGUUGUAGUACUUUGUAGGGUGUGUAUUGAUCUUUAUUAGUGUACUUAGUUGCUUUUAAGCCAAUCUGUGAGAGAUAAUGGAGAAGAAAGGCGCUGUGCUGAUGCUCCGUUAUGAGGUCGGUAGGUUACUUGGUCAGGGUACGUUUGCAAAGGUUUACCAUGCGAGGAAUUUGAAAACCGGUGAUAGUGUGGCUGUUAAGGUCAUCGAUAAAGAUAGAAUCCUCAAAGUUGGUAUGACCGAGCAGAUCAAGCGAGAGGUCUCAGUCAUGAGACUCUUGAGACAUCCCAACAUCGUCGAGCUCCAUGAAGUCAUGGCCACAAAAUCCAAAAUCUACUUUGUCAUGGAGCACGUCAAGGGCGGUGAGCUAUUCGACAAAGUGUCCAGCGGAAAGCUCAGAGAAAGUGUUGCAAGAAAGUACUUUCAACAGCUCGUCCGCGCCAUUGACUAUUGUCACAGCCGCGGAGUGUGCCACAGGGACUUGAAGCCAGAGAACCUGUUGUUGGAUGAGGAAGGGAACCUAAAGGUCUCUGAUUUUGGACUCAGCGCUCUUGCUGACUCUAGACGGCAUGAUGGGUUGCUGCACACCACCUGUGGGACCCCUGCAUAUGUUGCACCAGAGGUGAUUAGCAGGAAUGGGUAUGAUGGGUUUAAAGCGGAUGUGUGGUCUUGUGGGGUGAUAUUGUUCGUGCUGCUAGCGGGCUAUCUUCCUUUUCGUGACUCUAACCUGAUGGAGCUUUAUAAGAAGAUUGGUAAAGCUGAUUUCAAGCUCCCCAACUGGUUCACUCCUGGCGCAAGAAGAUUGCUGAAGAGGAUCUUGGAUCCUAACCCGCGCACGAGGAUAUCAACUGAGAAGAUAAUGCAGAGUUCUUGGUUCCGAAAAGGCCUAGAAGAGGAGAAAGACGCAGAUGAUGAAGAGGCAGAUGUGGACUAUGAGGCAACAUUGCAUAAGGACUCUGACGCAACCGCAGAGAAGGAAAAGAAGCAGUGUAUCAACCUGAACGCGUUUGAGAUAAUAUCGCUGUCCACGGGGUUUGAUCUGUCGGGACUGUUCGAGAAAGGAGAAGAGAAGGAGGAGAUGAGGUUUACAUCGAACAGAGAAGCGACUGAGAUCACGGAGAAGCUGGUGGAGGUAGGGAGGGAACUUAAGAUGAAAGUGAGGAAGAAGGAAGAAGGAUGGAAGGUUAAGAUGGAAGGUAGAAAAGCGACGGCGACGGGGGCUGAGCCUGUGGUAGUGGAAGCCGAAGUGUUCGAGAUUGCGCCAAGCUUUCACAUGGUGGUGAUGAAGAAGAGCGGUGGAGAUACGGCGGAGUAUAAUAGGGUGGUGAAGGAGAGUAUAAAGCCCGCUUUGAUGAACAUUGUAUUGGCUUGGCACUGACACUAUUUUAUUAUCUUGUUAUGUUUUUUUUUUUUUCUGACCAAAGUGUUUUAGUUAUGUAACCAUUCUUGAGUCUGAUCUUUAAGGCGUGUUUCUUGUU